AUGGCCAUCAACGCGGACGCACAGCUGGGGAAGGCGCUGGCCGGCGCCCCCCCGCCGGCGCCCCCGGCCUCCUCUUCCUCCUUCUCCUCCUCGCAGGAGACGGAGCAGCUGCUGCAGGACGGCCCGUCGCCCCCCAAGCCCUGCCCGGACGAGGACGGGGUGGCGGGGGCGGCUGCCGUCGGAGAGGCGGCGAUGGAGCCCAACGGGCACGGCCUGCUCUACCGGUCGGGCUCGGAGGGCCCGCUGGAGGCUACCUCGCUCUCCCCGUCGCGGCUCAGCCUGGGGCGCGCCUCGUCCACCGCCACCACCUCCAACCUGCCCGAAGCCGGACGCUCGCCGGACUACCUGCCGCUGGCCAUCCUCUCCUGCUUUUGCCCCAUCUGGCCGGUCAACAUCCUGGCCUUGGUCUUCUCCAUCAUGUCGAGGAACAGCAACCUUCAAGGGGACGUGGACGGAGCCCGCCGCUUAGGCCGUGUGGCCAGGUUCCUGAGUAUCCUGUCCAUCGUGCUGGGAUCGGCCAUCAUCAUCAUCUGUUCAGUAAAUGUGACUCUCUUUAACAACGGAAGGGAUUCUCUUAGCGACGCUGGGGCGAAACUCAUUUCACAGCCGUCUUGCUUAAGGACGGACAUUCUGGGCUCCCUUGUGGUCCUGAUGGACGGGGACCCAGAGAAAGUGCGCCAUCAACUUAAAUCAGUCGUUAACGAUGAACGGAUAGGCUGA